AUGGCUGAAACAUCAAUAACAACUUCACCACAACCCCAACAACCAGUACUAAACUUCACCAACGUACUCUCCGAAUCAAGGCAACUGAUCAAAUCUCAACCUUGCCACUUCUUAUCCAUCCUGGCCUCCACUGUCUAUCCCUUGCUUCGAGUUCACUUCUCUUACUCCGUAGUUUCCCAAAACAACUUCCUAAAUCAAACUACUAAUAGUACUAAUUUAGUUCCUGAUCAUGAUCAACGAAACCAACCGGCCAAUAUCGUUCUCAUCAACGCACUUUUACUUAUCCUAUCAUUCUUCCUCUUCCACUUAGUCCUGUUAGCAUGCACCGUCGGAUCAAUCACCUACACCGCUUUCCACGGCCUCCACCGCCAACCCAUCAAGCCCAAAUCCAUUAUCAAGUCCCUCUCCACUUCCUUCUUCCCGCUCUUGGCCACCACUCUUCUCGUCGACGCAAUCAUUUUCGCGAUUAGUAUCAUCUUUGCAGUCUCGCUCGUUUUGAUGAUCAUUAUAGCUUUGUUGUUAUGGUUUCCUAUUGAUGCCUCUUCAUCUUAUUUCACCGCGAUCGGCGUGAUGAUGAUUCUUUUCGCCGCAGUGGCGAUAUAUCUGCAGGUCAAUUGGGCUCUGGCAUCUGUAGUUGUGGUGACAGAAUCAACUUCGGGGUUUGAAGCCUUGAAGUGGAGUCAAACUUUGAUCAAGGGAAGGAGAAGUCUUGUCCUGUUUUUGUCCGUGUUUUCACGUAACACUGAUCUAGAUCAUAAACGGAAGUGCUUGUUCUUAUUGGUAUUGAUUGUGAAAAUUAUGGUCCCUUCGAGUUUCAAAUCGCUGUUUAUGCUAUUUGAAAUGGUUGUGAAGACAGUGAUGUACGUAUAUUGCAGAUCUAUUCAUGAUGGAGAGAAGUUUGGCUACGUCAGAUUGCCCGCUGAUAUUCAUCAUGAGAAAGUUGCUAAUGAUGGAGUUGUUUAAUUAUGAUGAUUAUGUGUCUAAAUUAAACUUAAGUACUUAUUAUAAUGAGGUUUAGUGAGUCACGAACUCUAUCUGAAAACUACUACUUUUUCCUCGCAGUGACUAUUGUUUGUUUAGUUACGUAAGUCCAUCAACACCCCUAGUGGUAAAUGCAAAUAUUUGAAAAUUGUGAUAUGUUUCAAAAGGGACGCCAUUCACAAAUGUGACCCUUGAGAUGUUUCUUGAAUAUUUGUG